AUGACCAAGGUCCCAGCCACCAAGAAGGUGCAGAGUUCACCCAACGCAAGAGCCAUGUGGCCCUUUUAUGCCUCAGAAAAUCUAACACAGGUCCCAGACAAGCCAACAAAGAGCGUCAAGUAUAUGAACAAAGAAAUAACAAAUCUCAAAAAAGACCUUAUACGAAGCCGCUUCUUGAUCCAGUCAGUGAAGAUAGGUCGUGGGUACUUUACUAUUCUGAGGGAGGAAAGUGAAAUGAAAAAGAAGCAACAGCAACUUCAGAAACUGAAAGAAGAAGAAAGAAAUAAAUUCCAACCAGCCAAAAAGAUCUCGGAAAUUCAGUAUGGGGACACCUUAUUGGGCACGUACGACGACGAGAAGUUUAAGAAGCUGGGGGUUGGAGUCACACUUCGCCCGUUCACCCCUGUCCACAGCUGCAUCAUUUCUCCCUCCCUACCGGAGGCUCACGUUGAGCCCCUCUUCCGCCAGCUCUGUGCCCUCCACUGGCUUCUGGAAGCCCUGACUAUCGACCACACCCACCACACCAUGAAGCCUGUGAUCACCUGCUGGAAUCCAAAGGACCCAGGCGGAAGCAAGAGCACGAUAAAAAAAAUCAAUAAGGACAAGUCCAUGGGACAGAGGUGGGAGCAAUUCAUCACAGCUUCAAAGACCAAGAAAUUCAAAAUUCCUACAGUAAGAGCCACCAGCUGCAAGCCAAGCCGACGAGGCUCCACACUCAGUCUGUCUCGGACCAGUGGAGGGUCAUCCCCCCAGGGCAGCAUGAUCUCCGUGAAUCCUGGCUCAGAUGAGCCCCAGAGUGUGGUUAUCCAGGUGACAGGCAAAGACAUCGAGGACAACGAGUCAUCUUCAACCAAGCCAGAUGAAGAACCUCUCCACCUCAAUCUGCAGAAACUCCUGGAGAUGGUUCGGGAAGAUUCCCGGAGGACAAUGAUGAUAGAUAACGGGAUGCAAAAACAAGCACCCAGCAUCCUGUCAGUGAUCAAACAAAACAAGAGCGAUUCUGCCUUUAAGGACAUGCAGACCACCCACAAGUCAAGUGAAAGAUCCAGCACUGCAAGUGUAGAAAGCCACACCCAGCCAGUGCAGAAGAAGUCUAAAAGCCGCCCUAACCGUGACAUCGUCAGCUGCAAGAGUGGGGUGUGUAACAGCAUGAGGGCCAAGUUUUACAGUGUGGCACAGGAGGCCGGCUUCUGCCUGCAGGACAAGAUGGAAAUCUUCAUGAAGCGUCAAGAAGAGAGAGGUCUCCAGAAGUUCCAUUCUUUUGUCCUUGUCUCGAAUAUUCAAAAGGAUUUAGCAAAAAUGAGACAUCAGGUCUCUGUAGGAAAAGGAGAUGCAGAAGAAAUGGCAGACCACUGGUACUUUGAUCUGCUGUCCAAACUCCCCGAGGAUCUGAAGAACUUCCGCCCCACCAAAAAGAUCCUGGCAAAACUGCAGAAGUUUGGGGAAAACCUGGACCUGAGGAUCCGGCCCCACGUCCUCCUGAAGGUACUACAGGAUCUGAGGAUCUGGGAACUGUGCUCCCCUGACAUCGCUGUGGCUAUUGAGUUUGUGCGAGAACACAUCAUCCAUAUGCCUCAAGAGGAUUACAUCAACUGGCUGCAGAACCGGAUCAACAUCCCCAUUUGGCCCUCCAGCGCCCUGACAUAG